CUAGGAUUUACUUACAUGCGCCCUUUCCUGUUUAUUCCUCAAACGCAAACACGCACAGAACACAGAAGUCAGUCGUCUCCCCACGCCGGAGCCACUCCAGCCUCCACAAGCAGCCCCUUCCCUCCCUCACUCACUUUCUUCAGCCCUUCAGACAAAGAAAACGGGCCUAAAUCAAUAAAUGAUUUGAAGCUCAUAAAUACUGGAAAGAUAUUGGAAAACAACAAAACUCUUGUGGAAUCAAGAUCUCCGGUCAGUGAAAUCCCGGGAGGCGCCAUCACUUUGCUUGUUGGAGAUUACAGGGACUGAAACCAAUCAACCAAGAAGCAAUCGAACCACCGGUGACCCGGUUCUGUUGACUGUUGGCUUCCACGGCUCCUCCAGAAACCCUUAUUACCAUAUGUUCACUAAUAAUCGAAGACAAGAAGAGCGCACCGGAAAAUAUGGCACUCCUAGGGUACAAUACCUUCAGGAACUUGUGGGCCAGUUUCAGAAUGCGUCUAGUGAAGAGUCGAAGGAGAAAAUCGUUGCUAAUUUAGCAAACUUUGCAUAUGAUCCCUACAACUAUACGUAUCUGCGUCAGCUUAAUGUUUUGGAACUUUUCCUCGACUGCAUAACAGAACCUAAUGAGAAGCUUAUAGAGUUUGGUGCCGGAGGGAUCUGCAAUUCGUGUGUCGAUCCUGCAAAUGCUGCGGUGAUAACUAAAUGUGAUGGAAUACCUCUCCUUAUACAGUGUUUAUCAAGUCCUGUUAAAAAUACGGUGAACUAUGCUCUUGGGGCUCUAUAUUAUCUCUGCAAUGAAUCUAAUAAGGAGGCUAUUUUGAGGCCAGAAGUGGUGGAUAUCAUUAAAAGAUAUGCAGCUGCAGGUUCAGUUAGUGUUAGCUUUAGCAAUCUUGCUCAAGCUUUUUUAGAUAAGCAUGUCCCAGAAAACCAUUGACUAUCAUGUUGACUUAUGGUAAUUAAUCAUCUCAUUAUUACUAUAAUUGUUAUUUAAAAUCACUAAAUUAGUCAGAAUUGUUGGUUGGAU